AUGGCACCACUCAUUUCAGCUCAGGAAGUUUCCAAGCACAACAUCUCCGAAGAUCUGUGGAUAGUCGUAGACGAUGCCGUCUACGAUCUCACGGAAUUCGCUCCGGAGCACCCUGGGGGAGCUGCCAUCAUACACCGCUAUGCUGGCCGCGACGCAACGAUAGCCUAUUCCGAAAUCCAUGCCCCAUCCCUCAUUAAGACCUCACUUCCCUCCUCGAAAGCCUUGGGGACUCUCGACCCGGCGAGCAUAACAGAUGAAUGGGCGAAACAUGCACCGUCGAUUUCGUCCUCUUUCUCAUGGGAUGCCAAACCACCCCUCGAUUCGCUGAUCAGCACCUACGAUUUCGUAUCUGCCGCCCGGCAGACUCUCACGCCGAAAACCUGGGCAUUCUACUCAGCUGCAGCGACUGAUCUACAUACCAAAGCGCGCAACAACUCUGCAUAUACAGAUAUUGGAUUACGCCCACAGAUAUUAACGAAUGUGAAGGAUGUGGAUACUCGGACAUCUAUGUUAGGGCAGAAGAUGAGUGUGCCCAUAUUUUGCGCACCUGCUUCAAUGGCGAAGUUAGUACAUACCGAGGGCGAAAAGGAGAUUGCAAGAGGGUGCCGGAAGGCAGGAGUCCCGCAAUGCAUUUCCACAGCCGCAUCAUUCCCUGUUGGUGAGAUUUUUGAGAGUGUCGCUGGAGAGGUGACAUAUGGGGCUCUUGAAGGGGAAACGGAGUUGCCACUUUUCUUCCAAUUGUACGUCGACAAGCAGAGGCACAAGACCGAAGCGUUGUUGAAACAUGUGGAGGAGCUCGGGGCCAAGGGCAUUUUCGUUACUGUUGAUGCACCUGUUCCUGGCAAAAGGGAAGCCGAUGAAAGGGUUAAGGCAGACGAGAACACCAGUACUCCUAUGAGCGGGGUGAAGGCGAAAAAUGACGCCAAGGGAGGAGCGUUAGGUAGGAUCAUGGGGGGCUUUAUCGAUUCGAGCCUGAGCUGGGAUGAUUUGCCUUGGUUAAGGAGGUGCACGAAGCUCCCUAUUAUUUUGAAAGGUGUUCAAACCGCUAUGGAUGCGAAGCGAGCUAUGGAAAGCGGCAUCGAGGGCAUUGUGUUAAGUAACCAUGGAGGAAGGAGUUUGGAUACCGCACCGGCCCCGAUACUUGUUUUACUUGAGCUGCAGAAGUGCUGCCCGGAGGUUUUCGACAAGAUGGAGGUGUUUGUCGAUGGCGGGAUCAUGCGCGGGACGGAUAUCUUCAAAGCCUUAUGUCUGGGCGCCAGGAGCGUGGGGAUUGGGAGAGGCUUCUUGUUUGCACUCAAUUAUGGACAAGAUGGGAUAGAAAAAUACGUUGAUAUUCUGAAAGAUGAGCUGGAGACUACGAUGCGCAUGAUGGGUGUCACAGAUCUCUCGCAGGUUCAUCCGGGCCUGCUGAACACUGGAGCUGUGGAUCAUUUGAUCCCAGAUGGCAAGGAACAUCCUUACGCCAAGUGGAGACCGAGAGCAAAGAUAUAG